AUGGCUCCGGGGGCUCUCAUAACUACCUACUACCACACCUACACAACCGCCUCUGGAAAUAUUCGUCACGACGUCUGCGUAACCACUGGAGAUGGACACAUAGUUGUUCAUCCUGGUCCACAAGCCAUGUUCCCGAGAGUCCGCCGCAUUCCCAAGGUAAAACCCAUCUCCAAUACCUCCUAACUUAUUAACAAACCCCGCAAAGAGAUUCAGAGAGCUUGAUCAUGCAGAUAUGCUCCUCAUUCUGCUCCGUCGCCGCCGCAAUCGUCAUGCGUUUUCCUGGGAGAAAUGUAAUGCCAUUCAUACCGCCAGUUUCGGUGGUGUCGGAUCAAGUACGUUGAAAACCCGAUAUGCCAGACUCAAGUACAACCUCUGCAAGCGGUGGCAUGUCUUGGACGUAAGUUACCACCGGCUUGGGUUCGGUUGUUAUUGAACAAUAUCCGAGUAAAGACGAUGGCUGACAUAUAUCUGAAAGGGUGCGCUUCUCAAACGCUCUGUACAACGAUAUCGACUUCCGUGGGGAGCUAUUGACUGGCAAACUGUUCAACGCGUUAUACAUCAGGAUAGUCUGAUUGGGGAAUGGACUAUCCCAGAGAUGAUGGUCCAACACUCUUAUAUAGAGGACAUAGACCGCCUUGGUCUUCCUUACUAG